UUGGCAACAAAUGCGAAAUGCGACUCAAUUAAAAUACAGAAUUAAUUAAUUGGGCAGACCCAAACAAUUAAACUCGAAAUAUUUUUUGCAUAUUUUUGUUACUGUGCUGUAACUUUUCAGUGGAGCUUUCGGCAAAGGAGUAAUACUAAACAAAUAAGUAUAAAUAAAGACCAACAAGUAGACGACGAGGAACCUCAACGAUGGGCAACAUACACACGACGGGUCCCAAUGAGGCGUUAAUUGUUUCAGGUGGCUGCUGUGGAUCGACCAAAAAGCGUACUAUUGUGGGCGGCUGGGCGUGGGCGUGGUGGCUGGUGACCGAUGUGCAGCGACUUUCCCUCAAUGUGAUGACCCUCAAUCCGAUGUGCGAGAAUGUGGAGACCUCCCAGGGUGUUCCGCUGACGGUGACAGGAGUGGCCCAGUGCAAGAUCAUGAAGUCAUCUUCGUAUAAGCAUAAUGAUUAUAAUAACGACGAGAUGAUGAAUGUCUAUUAUUUCCAUCAUCAGGCCGACGAGCUUCUAGGCACUGCCAGCGAGCAAUUCCUGGGCAAGAGCGUCAAGGAGAUCAAGCAGACGAUCCUGCAGACCCUCGAAGGACACCUGAGGGCCAUUCUGGGAACGCUUACAGUCGAAGAGGUGUACAAGGACCGCGACCAGUUCGCGGCCUUGGUCCGCGAGGUGGCCGCUCCGGACGUGGGUCGCAUGGGCAUCGAGAUACUCUCCUUUACCAUCAAGGACGUCUACGAUGAUGUGCAGUACCUGGCCUCGCUCGGCAAGGCCCAGACCGCCGUGGUCAAGCGGGACGCCGAUGCCGGAGUGGCGGAGGCCAAUCGAGAUGCCGGAAUCCGUGAGGCCGAGUGCGAGAAGAGCGCCAUGGACGUGAAGUACUCCACGGAUACGAAGAUCGAGGAUAACACAAGGAUGUACAAGCUGCAGAAGGCCAAUUUCGAUCAGGAGAUCAAUACGGCCAAGGCAGAAUCGCAGCUGGCCUAUGAACUCCAAGCGGCCAAGAUCCGCCAGCGAAUCCGUAACGAGGAGAUCCAAAUCGAGGUGGUGGAGCGACGUAAGCAGAUCGAGAUCGAAACGCAGGAGGUUCACCGCAAGGAUCGCGAGCUUACUGGCAACGUGAAGCUGCCCGCCGAGGCGGAGGCCUUCCGCCUCCAGACCCUCGCCCAGGCCAAGCAAUGCCAGACCAUUGAGGGUGCCCGUGCCGAGGCGGAGCGGAUCCGGAAGAUCGGAUCGGCGGAGGCCCAUGCCAUCGAGCUGGUGGGCAAGGCGGAGGCGGAGCGCAUGCGGAUGAAGGCCCAUGUGUACAAGCAGUAUGGCGACGCUGCCAUCAUGAACAUCGUGCUCGAAUCGCUGCCGAAGAUUGCCGCCGAGGUGGCCGCUCCACUUGCCAAGACGGAUGAGAUCGUUCUGAUCGGAGGCAACGACAAUAUCACCAACGAUGUGACCCGCUUGGUGGCCCAGCUGCCGCCCUCGAUCAACGCCCUGACCGGAGUGGAUCUGUCCAAGGUUCUGUCCAAGAUCCCGGGGGCCAAGGCGUGAAACCUAAUGGAAUGGGACAUCCAGGAAAUGGCAAUGACAACGUAACGCAACGCUGAGGAAUUGUAAACGAUCUUAAAACCGAAAAAGAAGGACAGAAAAGGAUGGAGCUAGUGUGCUAGAGAGAGAGAGCGUGCAUUUGUUAGAGAGAGACAGCAGCGAACGGAACUUGAGACUCCAAAUUUGAGUUUCGAAAUGCAAUCGAACGUAGCAAAAUGUACUCCGAUAUUAUAUUUAUAUAUACGUAUAUAUAUAUAUAUAUUUGUAUAUGUAUAUGCACACAUGCAAUACACACAUACACUUGUCUCGUCUGUGUGGUGUGCCAGUGUGUGUGUGUGUGUGAUGUUUGCCCGGGUAACAAUCAAAGAAACAAACAAAAAAAAAACAAAAACCAACGUUAAUCUCAGCUAAAGUUAUGCAUUUCGUACGCAACAUUUUGUGGCCUUUUCUCUCGAAAACGAAAAAACGAUAACGAUAACAAAAAAAUCAACGUGAAAUUUGUAUAACUUUAAAGCGAAAACCAUUUAAGCAGAGUGUUAGCUAUUUAUUUACUAUACUAUAUAUACUAUAUAUGUACAUGCAGACAUGCUAUACACAAGAGUUCUUUUAAGUAACCGCAUCAAGUUUCAUGCCACACAGUGUUGUAAAGGUAUAAAUCAAUUUACAGUGUUGUAAGGUUGUAUAUGUGCAGCCCCUUCUUUCUCACUCUUUUCAUCUGUUCAAACUACAACUACUGCCUAUCGACUAAAGCCAAAUCUAUAAGCUAGUGAGCCAAAUGGAAAGAGAGGGGGAGAAAGAGUGCGACUAUACAAGUCGACCGAUCGAUUUACUAAUUAUAAAAUUCAACGGCCUCACUUAACCAAAUGGGAUUGUGUAAUAACUUGCAUACUUUCAGGCACCUUAAUUAUAGUUUACAUUUAUUAAGUGCUAGUGGCUAUAAUCAUAUGGUUAUACAAGUUUUCUUCAAUUUUUGUAAACGUUUAUUUCUAUUCGACUUCAAUUUUCAUUUUCAAUUACGUUACAUUAUGUCUGACUUCAAUUAUAUCUGAUAGUUGCUAGAAAUUCCAAAAGCCAAACUAAUCGAUCGAACGACGAUUUGUGAGUAACUCAUAUGUAACUUUACAACACUACUUUUCUGUACUUGGCGCUCUUCCAAAACCCACACACACGCACACUGACCAACACACAUGCGUUCGAAUUUUUAUAUUCAUUUUAGUGCACAAAGAGAAACCAAUAUUUAUUUGUUGUUAUACAAAAGUUUCAUACACCUAUGUCUGUGUCGAUUAAUAUUUGUUUUCUUGUUUAUUUUUUAUAUGUAUAAUAACACAUAU